UAGCAACAAAAAUUAUCUCCAGAGAGUUCGUACUAGCAUUAAAAGUUGCUAAGAGAGAGAAAAAGAAAAAGAAAGAGAUCGGUCACCAAUCAGCACUGAGGAAAAAUCCUGUACAUUUCUCACCACAAAUCAGUUCCAACAUCGCCCCGACGACGACCGAAGAAAAUGAUCGAAGACCGACGCGGCGGCCCCGCUCCGUACGGUGUACUUCUCGCCGUGGUGGUUGUAGUUAUUAUGGCAUCGCCGAUGCUUUUCGGCGAUGGAGGAAAUGCGAUUACAGAUCUCAUCUCCGAGAUGCUGAGUCCGAUAGCUCUUCUUCUCCUUCCAAUCGCUUUACUCCUCGUUAUUCAGUUCCUUUCCUCCGAACGAGGAUCCGUCGUCUCAAGUGUCUUCAACGCUACUGGAUCUCCUGAUAGUAUCCAUCGCGUUAGCGGAUCUCCAGUUGGCGUCGCUCUUUUCCUUAUUCUCAUUCUAUUUCUUCUCUACAACCGUUUCUCCAUUUUCGGCGGAGAUGAUGAUUCCGGUGACUGAUUGGAUUGAACUGAUCGACGUCUCUGCAUUUUCUUAUCGUAAGUAUAUUAAUUUGUUCUCAUUAUAUUUAUACUCUAUAAAUAAGCGUAACUGUAAGUAGAUGAUGAUUUCAUUGAAAUGCUCAAUAGAAUUUCAGAUCCAUUAAAGUAUGUAUAGAUUUCAGAUGAGUAAACUUGUGUUGUUUG